UAAUAAAGUGUUUGCCCGUUGUGUCUGUUGAUAUUCCGGGUGACCCGGCGAUGAUGAGUCUUAUCACAACUUUGUAUUGUUACUCUACACCACCUAGGACCAAUAAGGUGGAGAAUGUUGGAGGUAUUGGUCCUACCAAGGCCUCCCUUCCACUUUAUUUGUUGAGGCUUGCACACUCUAUUUUACUCUCUCUUGGAUAUCUUUACUGUGGUAUAUAUCCUGAUCAAAUAUAUACCUAUUUUAAGUGGUUGACUUACCCACUUGGCUGGCCCCUUUGUGUUCUGUCCGCUGCAUCCAUCUUUGUCUUGGCCUAUACAUGUGACACUCCUUUGUCUAAGUUGCAUGUGAGUGUUUUUUGUCAAACCUCACCCGUGACACACUUUGGCAGCCUAUUUGUAUCCUCUGCUUCUUCCCUUGUUGAGCAGCCUGCGCAGAAAGCAUUCCAGAGAGAGCAGUGCUCCCUUCUUCUUCCUUUCCUUUGUGUGAGAGUGUAGAGAGGUCCUUUGUGGAGAGUAGAGAGUUGUGUGCUAUAGCCUCCUCUUAGUGUGGUGUGUGAGAGUGUGUGUUGAAAGACCUGAGCCGGAGACGGAUAUACGAU